GCAAUGCAGUGGUGGCAGCCAUCUUGAAUAAAAUUUCACGGUGGCGUAAAGUGUAAUUCCAAAUAAAAAAUUAAUGUCAAUUAUAGUGAAUGACAUACAAAAUAAAAUUUGUCAUAAAAAAUAACAAUAUUUAUAAAGGCUAAACCAUUUGCAAAUACUCAUUCGGAGUACGUGAAAAUUAUUAAAAGAUCACCAAUAAAACAAAUCAGCUGUUAUCCGUCAAUCGAUGUCAACAAAAUUACAUAAUUUUGUUUAGAAAAACAGUGUAGCCUCCGUUUUUGAGUGUCAUUUUGAUAUUAGCAAACAUGCAGAUUCAUAUAAAUGUUCUGCAGAACAAAUUCUUCAAGUAAAUGUUUACCCAGAGGGUGCCAAAAUUCUCGACUAAUUUACGACUUUGUAGAAUGUAGUCCACAGUACAUUUUUUAAACAUGGAUCACAACAAUAUAAUUGAGUGUGGUGGAUUUUAUUUUAUACACAAUUUUGACUCUGGAAAUCUCGGUCAUGUGGAGCGAGUGCCUACGGAGCUUAUUGCUCCAACCGUUAACCCAAAAACAAGUAUAGCUGAAACCCCGGACUAUGAGUUCAACAUGUGGACUCGGCCAGAUUGUGCCGGCACUGAGUUUGAGAAUGGCAACCGCACCUGGUUUUACUUUGGCAUCCAAGCCAGAGAGCCCCUUGUUACCGUGCGGCUGAAUCUAAUAAACCUGAACAAGCAGGGCAAGAUGUAUAACCAGGGCAUGGCGCCAGUCACACGGACACUGCCCGGGAAACCACAGUGGGAAAGGAUAAAAGACCGGCCAGUACAUUCUAUGGACGACAACACAUUCACGCUAAGCUUCAAGUACCGAACGUCAGACAACCUGAAGGCGACGACGUUCUUCGCGUUCACCUACCCGUUCUCGUUCGCGGAGCUACAAAUAGCCCUCAACUCUAUAGACCUCAAGAUGCUGCCCGCGCUGUCCCCGCAGUCUCCGGACGAUAUAUACUACUGUAGGGAAUGCGUUAUAUACUCGCUGGAAGGGAGACGAGUGGACUUGUUAACAAUAAGUUCCCGCCACGGCAUCACGGCGGAGCGCGAGGAGAGACUCAAACACCUGUUCCCCGAGAACAAACCUAGGGCGUUCAGGUUCCAGAACAAGAAGGUAAUCUUCAUAUCAGCGCGCGUGCACCCCGGCGAGACCCCCUCAAGCUUCGUAUUCAACGGCUUUCUCAAUCUUCUACUGACGCGCCACGACCCCGUCGCCAUACAACUGCGCAAGCUAUAUGUGUUCAAGAUGAUACCGUUCCUCAACCCCGACGGGGUCGCUAGGGGGCACUACAGGACGGACACUAGGGGGGUCAAUUUGAACAGGGUCUAUUUGAACCCCUCGCUGCUGUACCAUCCGACGGUUUACGCGUCCAGAGCUUUGAUUAGGUACUAUCAUUUUGGCUGUGAAAAAGAAGAUACGUUCGACGACGUUAGAAGCAUAGCGUCUCGCAGCAUACAGAACAUCAGUGAAAGUGUCGAGAUACUCGAAACGAAGAAGAAAAAGAGCCCUCCGUACAAGUCGAAGCCGAUCGCCAACAAGUCGUCGAGUACGCUGAAAGCGCGGCAGUCCACCACCGACACGAAAUGCGGAGAGCGGUCCAAUGAGGCCUCGUUGUUGAUCGAUCAGGUAAUAGAUUCGAAAAAGGGUUCUCAGUUGAAAGGGCAGCCCGUGCCGGAUAACAAGUCUUCCAACACGCUGAAGCGGCCUUCUACGAGCGAUGACUCCGAGCAAAACGUCAAGGCACCGAGCUCUGGAGAGGAAAACUUAAGCGAUCAGGUGUGCGACAUGAAACUCCGAGAGAUGACGUCACAGACGAUUGAAACGCACUCACCUCGUCCCUCUAACAAUCCCUCGCUGCUGAAUGACGAGACGCUCAGAUCGUGCCUGGGCUCCGAAGUGCACCUGAGCAAUAGCGACGAGCUCAACAUCCAGGGCAAUAACCCGCUGCUCCCGCUGCGUGACACGCUCAAAAACAGCAUCAGCCUGCUCAUGGGCACGGCAUCUGUCUCUGAAACGCGCAAAGAAGGCUCAACCGUGCGCAUGGGCUGGUGCAACGACUGCCGACGCGCUGUUAACAGACUGCAGGAGAGCAUCCCCGGCCUCGCGGGCACUGUGGCUGGCUACAACACCGCCGUGUCCCGAAAUAGCAGCCCUUGCCGCUCCAUUGCAGAAUACCGAGAAGUUCAGAAACAGCAAUAUGAAGAGCAGAAGACAUCGGAGAGAAAGCUUCAAGACGUAGAGCAGGCAGCAACGGACGAUACCAUAUACUUCUGUACAAACUGCUUCAAGCGUUACGUCAUCACACAAGAUAAUGAGGAAAUUAAAUUAGUGUCCGGUGUGUCGACGGUGAGCGUGGCCGUGGCGGCCGGCGACGGCGACAGCGGACACGCGCGGCAACCGAGCGCCAAGCGCAAACCCAAGCUGCGGUUACUGCCGCCACCAACGCCACCCCCUAAAGAAGAGAAGAGCAAGUCGCCGGCGCCCGCGGCGCGGAGCCGCAAGAAGGCCCCGCCCCCGCCCAAGCCGAAGGAGCCCGAGUCGGGGCUGUUCCUGUACAUAGAUCUGCACGGACACGCCUCUAAGAAAGGUAUCUUCAUGUACGGGAACCACUUCGAGGACUCUGAAGCCUCGGUGGAGUGCAUGCUGCUUCCUCGGAUCAUGUCGCUCAACAAUAUGCACUUCCACUUCUCCUCGUGCAACUUCACGGAGCGAAAUAUGUACCUUAAGGACCGCCGCGACGGCAUGUCGCGCGAGGGCUCCGGGCGCGUGGCGGUGCUGAAGGCGACGGGGCUGGUGCGCUCGUACACGCUGGAGUGCAACUACAACACGGGCCGCCUCGUCAACGUGCUGCCACCGCCCGUGCGCGACGCGCCCGCGCCGCCCAAUGCGCAGCCGCUGCCGCCCAAGUACACGCCGCAUAUAUUCGAGGAGUAUUCACCAUUCGAGUUGAUAAGGCUCCGCAGUAGGAAUCUGGAGAAUUCGGAAGAUAUAGAUCCCUGGCAGGUGGGGCGUUCUCUCGGCGCGUCCAUCCUGGACCUGACGGGGCACCACCCCAACUCGCGCGUGCCGUGCUCCGAGCACCGCACGCUCGCCUCCGUGCGCGACUGGCUGCGCGCGCACACGCGCACCGCGCGACCCACGCUGACCAUGUCGCGGCUGCGGCCGAAGACGUCGUCGCCGACGCGCGCGCCGCUGUACGCGCGCUCCAAGGCCAAGGUGUCGGACGCCGAGCGCAAGGAGAACACCUACGCCGGCGCCAAGGCCGACGAGCACCGCACACCCCCCGCGCGCUCCGUGCACGACCUCGCCGCCGCCGCCUCGCGCUACCGCGAGCCCGACCCCAAGCCCAAGGCCCUCGGCAAGCGCCGCAACGUGCUCGCGGUGCGUAAACCCAACUCCAGCAAGACCCAGCUCGCCAAGCAGAAGCCCGCGCGCCGCUCCGCCGACGACGGCAGCCCGCGCCCCUCCAUCCUGUCCACCAAGAUCGGCGCCAAGCGGAGCUCGAACCGCUCCCUCCGCCCCAACCGCUGCCGCGCCAUGGCGUCCUCCUCCUCCGAGGAGAUCUCCGGCUGGGAGGAGGCGGGCGAGACGCUGUCCACCCUCUCCCGGGCGGAGUCGCUGUCCGGCAAGCGGCGGCCGCCGGCGUUCGCCGCCCCGCAGCACCUGAAGAAGCUGCGCCUCAAGACCGCCUUGUAGCGCAAGCCGCGCGCGCGCCCGCAGCCCCUCCCCCCCGACCCGUGCGCGCCACACCCCUCCGGCUAAUGACCCCACGACUAGUCUUGGACCCGACUAGGCCGCCUAACUCUUGACCGGUGACAGGUGUCUCCUACAUUUUGAGCCUUAUUUUAAAUGUCUUAAGGUUCAAAUCGAUGUCAAUAGAGAUUAUCUGAGCCGGUUUAAAGCCUGCUAUGGCACCUAGGCAUAGCUAUAAAUGCGUGGUAUAUUAAUAUUAGCGUGUACCGCUAUAGAUGACUGAUUCGAGGCAUAAAACUAAAAUAAUUAUAUGCUGAAAACUAGCAAACGAUAGCAAGUGGUAGAGAGGAGACGGCCUAGUGCGAUCAAGAAUGCUAGUCCGCCCCUUAUCAUCUCAUUGGCGUAUUCACUAGUGAUUUUUCAGCUAUCUACGAUACGCAUCAGCCAGUGGCGGAUUUCCCAUAAGGCACAGUAGGCCCGGGCCUAGGGCGGCGAGAUAUUAGGGGCGGCAAAUUGAGACAAAAAAUUCGCUGAUGAUAACAAAAAAUAACUCAAAAUUAGGCCAGGCAACGAAUUCUCAAAAAAGGUAAUAUAUCUUUUCGUUGCCUGAUCUAAAUGUAGUCAAUAUGAUGGGUGCUGAUGCUGAGAAAGGGGCGGCUACAAGGCUUGGGGCCUAGGGCGGCAAAGACUGUAAAUCCGCCACUGGCAUCAGCUUACGCUACUCGUAAAUAUAAGUAAUUGAAGAAUUGCCAGCGAAACGCUAGUGUAAACCCUUUAGCAAGUCUGACAAACGGCGGCCGCUCGCGAUACGAGUAUGCCAUAUAUGUAUAAAUAUAAAGUACGAGUGCUCGACCCUUUUCCUAUUUUUAACGUAGAUUUAUUAAAACGUGACCGGUUUUUCUUUGGAUUUUAUACUUGCCACGACAGUCGAUAGUUUCUGAUUGAUAUCCGUACUAUAAGCACUGUAUGUUUCCUAUCGAAAUAAGAUAUAGAAAGUCUAAUAGACUCGUUCCCUUUAUCUCCACCGAAAAAAAACGUACCUUCAAAACAACAGGUAUAUUGUGAGUUAUUAUUUUUUGUUGCAGUUUUACAGAUUUAUAUAGUACAUAUAAGUUUUGUGUGAUGGAAAUUUUAUUGUUUUAAAUAAAAAUAAACGUAUGUCUAUUGCAAAUAGGUACUAUUCUCCAUACCGUGUGUGUAUUUUUCUUUAUUUUAUGUUUCAAAUUAUGAUAAAAUUGUAUACAUAUACACUACAAUACUUUGCACUUUAAAGUAAGGCUUUAUUAAAAGACAUAUUAGAAAAGCUAUAUCCUUAUAAUAUGCUAAAUUUGUAAAGUAUAGUGUUCCCCAUAGGGUAAUAGCUCCUGGAGCGGUUUGUAAAAUGAUUAUGAUCUCAUUAAGAAAAUUUUAUAAACCUGUGGUUGCUGACGGAAGCGUGUAUCACAAAAUGUAUUUAGUAUUUACUUAUUUUUGUUCAUACCAAAUACGUAUAGACCCUACCUUGGUGGCAAGUGGUAUAAUUAAUUUUUUACGUUUAUAGAUUUGUAUGUGCACUUUUACCGUUUAGCAUACUUAAGGUCAGACAGGGCAAGUUGGGAGAAAUACCUCUACCCAAUACAACAUGUCAAAGUCAGGGGUAGAAAGUUUCCCCUACGGUCUAAAGCAGAAAACGUGCAAUCUUCUCAAUUUCUGUUAUGAAAUAAAGGUACUUCAUCAUUGGCGUUGGACCUGCGGUCACAGAAUAAAUAAUAGUAUUGCCGUACAGAAAGGAACUUCCUACAAAACCGAAGUUUGACAGCGAGGGUCGAAUCAUGCUAUCACUGUCUAAUAUAUGGCACUAUCCCUUUCGGCUAUUUAGGGUUGUCAAAAUUCAAGUGAUUUUCUUAUCUGUGGUCGUGCACGCAAAAGGAAGUCAAGUGGUGCCAACCCUAAUAAUUUCUCGGAGCAAUGCUGAGCCGAGUGCAGCCGAGUUUGGCCGAAGUCAGGAGUUUCGCACCUCUGCUGCGGUUCGGAUAUAUCCGUCGUUGACGUCAAAAAGAAUAUAAUACCUAUUCAUUGUGUCACCAAGCUACGGUCUAGACGUAUGUUACCUUAUAAGGCUGUCAGUAGAGUUUGCCCUAAAUCGUUCUUGUUAAUACUUCUAUGAUAACAGUAAUUUUAUACCAUGUCUUUUUACGUUUUUUUACAUACUUCACUGCUGACAGCCCCAAAUAACACAGAAGUAAUACAUUGUUUAAAUGCAGUUUCAAAACUAUAUAUCAUAUAAAUAUGAUUACAGGCUUCACAAAGAUUGCUAUAAAUAUAAUAAGACUACAUUUACUGAUUAUCACAAAGUAGUAUAGAAGGUGUCACAGAUGUAUACUGUAUGCAUUAUUAUUUGCGUUAUUUGACACAUUGUGACUGACGUAUAUAGAGAUGUAACUAACCCAAAUCGAUUGUCACAGCUAGCGAUUACGAUUGGAUGGCACGUAGACUGAGGUAUCGAAUUGUGACGUAUCAUGAAUUUUUAUUUGAGAUUUAAAUAAAGCUAGAAUUAUAUGGUUUUCCCGCAAGGUAAAUGCAUUUAAUACACCGACCGAGUAGGUCGCACCCAUCGUCAAAAUCUAAACUAACUGGGGAUCUAUUUUAAAGUUUAUUUUUGUUAUUUCUGUGUCAAUUUUGUUGUCUGUUAGGUGACGAUAAAUAUAUCCAUAUUUACAGUUAAUUAUCCACCUUUUCCUUACUUUUAUUAAAAGAAAAAUGAAAAAUUCAUAUAGAUUUACUUAGACAACUACCGAAUACCGAUUCAUAACGGUGGUGUCCGGCCAACCCUAAAAUUAAAAAAAAAAAGACGUAGAACGUAAACGUUCGCAGUGCAAUUGUUUUCCUUUGUGAUUUCGAUGUGCAAGACAUUUUACGUUGUAUUGCUGUUGUGAGUGACAGAUAUCAAAUAACGCAAAUAAUAAUGCAUACAGUAUAAUUAUACUCUGGGCAAUCCGUAAACCAUAGCUGUGCAAUAUAUUGUAUAGAAAAACGUUAAUAAUGAUUUUAAGCUAAUUAUGAAAUAAUGGAAAUUUAAUCCUAAUGAACUAUUGAAAUUUUUAGUUGUGUGUAAAGUGUUUAUCAUAGAAAGUAUUGUAUGUAUAUUUUAAAAUAGUAACUAUUUAUUAUGAAAUGUAAUAAACAAUUAUAAUAACAGCAA